AUGAGCGACAAACCAGUUCUUCUCUUUGUUCACGGAGCAUGGCAUCCCCCAAAAUGCUACGACGCCAUCAAAACCGCACUCAAGAACCUCGGCUACGAAUGCGUCAUCCCCAAACUUCCCUCCGUAGGCCAUGAAAGUCACGGCGUUACAUGGCAAGCAGACAAAACCAAGAUCAUCGAAACAGCAGAACCUUUCUUUAACCAAGGCCGCGAGGUCGUUCUUAUCGCACAUUCCUACGGCGGUAUUCCCGCGACUGCCGCCACUGAAGGUCAAGGCACAGAAGAGCGUGCCAAACGCGGCUUAAAGGGUGGAUUUCACUCGAUCAUUUUCUUAGCUGCGUUUGCUAUCCCGGUCAAGGGCUGGGAUCUCAUCACCACGUUUGGUGGGGCUUAUCCGCCGUGGCUACAGGCUGGUGAGAAGUAUACAAAGAACCAAAUUACUAGAAUGGCAGAGGGAGCGAGGGAAAGUGUUUACAGUGGGUGCAGGGAAGACGCGAUAGAUAAGGCUCUGGAGUCUACGGAGCCGCAUUCUCAAGAUGCGUUUGAGACGAGUCUGGACUUUAUCGCUUCGGAUAUCACUUUCCCGAAAACGUAUAUCAUUUGUGAAAAUGAUCAGCUGAUUUUAUUGCCGCUUCAGGAAAAGCUUGUUGAAUCAACACCGGGAAUGAGAUCUGCGAGGCUGGCGGCAGGUCAUAGUCCGUUCGUGGAGAAGACGGACGAAACGGCAGAACUAAUUAUGAAGGUCGUUGAGGAUCGAGUGUAG